AUCUGAGGCGGUGCCCAGUGGGGAAAAAACGCAAGUUCUCAGACUUCGACAGUAGGCUACUGUGUGCAGCAGUCUUUUUCAAAGGUGUGCUAAAGGAAAACGAAAAUUCUAUCAAGCUCAAAAGGACUGUGGAAGGGCAGACACUAAGUUAAGGAGCAUGAACGACUCGUCGCGCCAUCACUUCAGCAUGAAACACAUGGACUAUAUGUAUAAUGCUGACAAUAAUAUCACUUUAAACAGCAACUCAACAGCCGGUGACAUAAACGUCACAGGGAUCGCCCAGAUUAUGAUCCCUCAGGAACUUUUUCUAAUGCUCGGUUUGAUCAGUUUGGUAGAAAACAUCUUGGUGGUUGUGGCAAUCAUCAAGAACAGGAAUCUUCAUUCGCCUAUGUAUUAUUUUAUUUGCUGUCUGGCGGUGGCAGACAUGCUAGUGAGCGUUAGUAAUGUGGUGGAGACGCUGUUUAUGUUACUGACGGAGCAUGGGCUGCUGCUGGUCACCGCAAAAAUGUUACAGCACUUAGAUAAUGUAAUUGACAUUAUGAUAUGUAGUUCUGUCGUGUCCUCUUUGUCGUUUCUGUGCACCAUUGCGGCGGACCGUUAUAUCACCAUCUUUUACGCACUCCGGUACCACAGUAUCAUGACUACGCAGCGCGCCGUGGGCAUCAUCUUGGUGGUGUGGCUUGCCAGCAUCACCUCUAGUUCUUUAUUUAUCGUUUAUCACACGGACAAUGCGGUCAUCGCCUGUCUCGUGACAUUUUUUGGCGUGACGUUGGUGUUCACGGCGGUUCUGUACCUGCACAUGUUCAUCUUGGCCCAUGUCCACUCAAGACGCAUCACGGCUCUCCAUAAGAGCCGUCGGCAAACCACUAGCAUGAAGGGAGCCAUCACUCUGACUAUCCUGCUUGGAGUUUUCAUCCUCUGCUGGGGACCGUUCUUCCUCCACCUCAUCCUAAUUCUCACCUGUCCCACAAACCCUUACUGCAAGUGCUAUUUCAGCCACUUCAACCUAUUUCUGAUUCUUAUAAUAUGCAACUCGCUUAUAGACCCUCUCAUUUACGCUUAUCGCAGUCAGGAGCUGCGCAAAACUCUCAAAGAAAUAGUUUUUUGUUCGUGGUGCUUUGCAGUGUGAGCUAUUAUUUCGCUUGCUUGUUUGUCAUUACUGACGUUUAGAAAAAAAAUGUAUAAUGUUCAAUUUGCUAAUGUUGCCUUUUAUUGCAGUAAGCGUCUCGUUACACUCGAAUUUUACAGAGAAUACAAUGUGAUGAUGUUUACUGAGAUAACUAGAUCUUUUGUUUUACCUUUGGGGCACAAACAUUUCGAAUUACUUUUUUCUGACAAUUACAAUAUGAAGUAAGUUCUCUAUUCUUGAUUUACAAUAAUAAUGCAUUAUAUAAUAAAUAAAUACUAAAUUGUCUCAAAGAAAAUCUUAUCAUUUUAUAUCCUUUGUAUUUUAUAACCUCUAAAAUGGCUUCACUAUUCAUAAAUACAAUAAAUAGAUAAAACGAGAGAAAGUUUUAUGAAAUCAAUUUACUGGGAGAGGUUAACCCCCCUGUCUUCAUGUAACAGUAUAUGAAAUAAAGUUACUCAGCUAACAACCUAAUAGCAUAAAUUUGA